CUCCCUCAAGAUGUCUAAGUUUAAGUACAGACGAGAUCAGACCCUCAGUAUAAAACUUGGUAAUUUAAGAGCCUUUAUUGAAAAACAUGAUAUUCUCAACAAUAUCAACUACACCCUUCAAUUCCUCCAUAAAUUAUCACAAGUCAAAAUUCUCGUCCUCGCAAUUACUUGGAAUUUUCUUCACUCCUCUCCUUUUCUUUUGUCUUGCGGAAAGGUCAUGAUUGCUUCAUUCACCUCCAAUUUAGUCCUUCGAUUCACCUUGUUGAUGAUGAUGAGAAUUCGACCAACAGUUUUCCUACUUGUAUUUUCGUUCUUCAUCGUUUCACCCAGUGAAGGGGAUAAUUCAACGCACUGUAGUCAAUACUGCAGAGGCAGGAGAGUAAAUCGUUAUCUUCCGUCGCCGUUUGGGUUCACCGCCGGUUGUGGAGUCCAGUUAAAUUGCAGUGAAAAAGGAGACAUCAAAAUUGGGGAAUUUCAAGUUCAGAAUGUGACUGCAGAUUACAUAUUGGUCAAUAUUCCGCCGAAAUGCAACCGUCCGAUCGAAGAUCUCCGGCAAGUGAACGGUGACAAUUAUGCGCUGUCUUGGAGGAAUGGUUUUCUCUUGCAAAACUGUACCUCACCGUCGAAUGAUUGUGUCUUACCAUAUAGUCUGGUGGAGAAUCGGUUCCAAUUACAGGAUUGUGAAUCGAAGGGAGAUAAUAUAAGUUGUUAUUCAGAAGCGUACAGCGGUUCAGAAAUCAUGGACUUCAACAACUUGAGAAGUACCAAUUGUAAGGUCUUGUUCACGUCGAUCGCUGUCGAUUUGAGUAAUAGUUCGAGGAACAAUUCGGCGGUGUCGCUGGAGUUUCAGACGUUGGAGUUGCAGUGGUGGUUGAGAGGGCAGUGCCAGUGCACAAAUAAUACGAUUUGCAAGGAGUUUUCGCUUCCCGACGGAGCGACAGGGUUUCGGUGCUCGUGUAAGGAUGGGUUCGCCGGAGAUGGAUUCGCCAGCGGUGGUGGUUGCCGGAAAGUUUCUCGUUGCAACCCUUCUAAGUACAUGUCAGGCCGAUGUGGAGGAACUACAAGGGUUGGUGUUCUUGUUGCAGGUGUUAUUGCUGGAGCUUCUUUAAUGGCUAUUCUGGCUUUGAUCUGCUAUUUCAUUCGAAGACGGACAACUUCAUUGAAACACCAAACGAGUGCAAGGCGCCUUAUAUCUGAAGCUGCAGGCGGCUCUAGCGUUCCUUUCUUCCCCUACAAAGAAAUAGAGAGAGCCACAAAUGGGUUCACUGAGAAACAAAGAUUAGGAACUGGAGCCUAUGGCACAGUAUAUGCGGGAAAGCUUCACAAUGAUGAGUGGGUUGCCAUUAAGAAAAUAAGGCAUCGAGACACUGACGGCAUUGAACAAGUCAUGAAUGAGAUCAAGCUUUUGUCCUCUGUUAGCCAUCCAAACCUAGUCCGUCUCUUAGGUUGCUGUAUAGAGAAAGGUGAACAGAUACUUGUUUACGAAUUUAUGCCCAAUGGAACUUUAUCUCAGCAUCUGCAGAGAGAAAGGGGUAAGGGCCUUCCAUGGACAAUACGUCUCACCAUUGCCACUGAAACUGCUCAUGCAAUUGCUCAUCUCCACUCAGCCAUGAAUCCACCAAUAUACCACAGAGACAUUAAAUCAAGUAAUAUACUUUUGGAUUGCAACUUCAACUCAAAGGUAGCAGAUUUUGGUCUUUCUAGACUUGGUAUGACUAAUGAUUCUCAUAUUUCCACUGCACCCCAAGGAACUCCUGGCUAUGUUGAUCCUCAGUACCAUCAAAACUACCAUCUUUCUGAUAAAAGUGAUGUUUACAGUUUUGGGGUGGUUCUUAUAGAGAUAAUAACCGCAUUAAAAGUGGUCGAUUUCUCUCGAGGUCACAGUGAGAUUAAUUUGGCUGCGCUUGCAAUCGACAGGAUUGGUAAAGGUCGUGUGGAGGAGAUAGUAGAUCCAUUCCUUGAGCUACACAGGGAUGCUUGGACGCUGACAUCUAUACUCAAGGUGGCUGAGCUGGCUUUUAGAUGCCUUGCUUUUCAUAGGGACAUGAGGCCUUCUAUGAUGGAAGUGGCAGAUGAACUAGAACAGAUUAGGCUCAGCGGGUGGGCACCGAUGGAGGAGAAUAUAUGCAUGGGAUCAUCAGUAUCUUCUUGUUCAUCUAUGUAUGCCGGGAGUGAGAAAUCACUAGGUGGAACAACAACUAAGAAAGCAGGGAUAGGAAGUCAAAGAUUGAUGGUUCCACAUAGGACACCUGAGUGCUUGAGUGCAAUGGAGGAGGUGCAGGAUAGCUCCCCUGUUUCUGUGCAGGACCCUUGGUUUAGUGAACACAGCUCACCAUCAACCAACAGCUUGUUGGGUAAUGGAGCCCGGUGACCCAAAAGCUGCUGGUUCAUGGGGUGCUUAACUUCUGCGCAUCUUGUGAAUAUUUUAUAGGUAGUCUCUACAGUUUUUGUCACUACAUCCCAUAUAUAUGUGGUAUGCUAAAUCUUUCAAACCUUCCUCAUAUAAUUCUUUAGGAAAUAUACAAAGGGUGAAGAAGUACUAUAUAGCUGAAUUAAUUCAUACAUAAAAUAUGUUAAAACUUGUGAAAGUCAUU